AUGGAAGAUAGUAUGUUUGAAGAUGAAAGUGAAGAUGAUGAACUUGGUGAUAAAGAAAGCAGUUCAGAAAUAGAACAUGAUGAUAGUGAAACAUCAGAAUAUGAAGAUGAAAUUGAUCUAGAUGAUGUUACAUCGAAGAAAGGUUAUACACAAAGUACUUUCUACAGUUCAAGUUCUGGAAUGACCUGCUCCUCGAUUUCAUCUUAUUAA